AUGACGGACGUAGUGACCGUCUCGUCGCAACAGCCGCACCUCCUGGCAUCGGCCGGCCCUAUUACUCGCUUAGCCAUGGCUGCAAAACCGAGCGUAUCAGCGCCGGCAGCAGCAGCGAGACAACACAGAUCCGAAACCACCACCCUGGAUGUCUCUUUAUCAUCUGCUGGCUCAUCUUCACCUCCGGAGCUGGCUAAGGAACCACCUCGGCGGCCUGUAACUAGAAAGCGUGCCGCCUCCAUCAACACCGAGGAGGCCAACUGGUCCAAGAUCGCCAAUCUGAGCCUUACCACGCCCAACACUGUGAGCCCGCGGCCUCUUGAAGCCAGCGGCGGCACCAUCUGUCUCUGUACCCCAGCCCCGAAAGUACCACGGCCUCGAAACGCCUUCAUUCUUUACCGCCAGCAUCACCAAGCUCAAGUGGUGCAGCAGAAUCCGGGCCUCGCCAACCCUGAUAUCUCCAAGAUUAUCGGCGAACAGUGGCGCGACGAGCCCGAAGAUCGCAAGAAUCAGUGGAAGCUGCUCGCCGAAGAAGAGAAGCAGCGCCAUCAGCGCCAGUAUCCAGACUACCGAUACCAACCGCGACGCGGGAACAAAUCCGGAAGCUCGCAGCCGCCCCGGCCUCCCUUAGCCCCGGGCGAAGACCCGACCCGUUGUUCCAAGUGCGGCGGACGGUACAUUGCCACGCCGAGAACCCCAUCAACGCCUUUUGUGACGCCCACCGGUUCCAAGCCGGGCCUCAGUCUGUACGGUCCUCCAUCGGGACACCACACCCUCACUUCCUCGAGAAGCGACAUGAGUCGACACAGCCGCCCCCAACCGUACCCUCAUUGGACUGGCUUCCAGAGCGCUCCCAGCUCGUACGACCUUCACCAAGAGUACGAGGAGAGCCAUCUCCCCCAACGAAAGCAAGCGUCGCCGGCACAAUCCCCACGGGAGCUACCACAACUUCCACGCCCUGCCGUCUCCCCCGACCCCAUUCGCGCAGCCCGCCCAUCAACAACACCACCCCGCGUCUUCCCAUUCCCAUUCUCGACAAUCCCCCUUCCUCAACAACAACGCAACCACACCCUCCAACUACCCCUCGGCGCCGCUCUCGACACAGCCAGCCGUGCCCCAACGCACCAGCCCCGGCCCGAUGAUGCCGCCCCCGCCGCGGCCCACACACUCAAUGCCCAUCGCUCCCAUUGCACACCCGCCACGCCGACUUUGACGAAUCCCUCCGCCUUCCCCCCCUCCAAACCCACCUCACCACCACCACCAAUUCCCCCGACAACAACGAACCCUCACCCCAAUACCGGCACCGGCACCAAUGCCGGCACACUAACCGCCGCCGCUGCCGUGCUACACCCCACACCAGCAACCAUGCCAUCAUCAUACUACCACGGCCCCGCCGCCGCCACCGCCGCCGCCGCUAAGCGCGAGCGGGACGCGGCCGAGCAGCGGGCGCACGCGCGCAGCAUUGAGGCGAUGGUCAUGAGCAUCCCGUUUGUGAAUAAGCUGCGCGUGUUGGAGCGGAUUAGUCCGCCGUUGGGGCCUGUUUCUCUUCCUGAGGGGAUGUAUGGUGGUGGCGGUGGUGGUGUUAAUGCCAAGAGGGGCCCCGUGAUUGCAGUGGAGGGGCCGGAUGCGAGGUUGGUGAGGGCUGUGGCGGUGGUUGUGGAGCGUGCGUUGAGGGCGGCGGCGACUGCGGAAGGUGGGCGUGCGGGGUGGGAGGUGAAGUGUUGGGGGUGGGGAUGCUCAGACCGGCGCGGCGGUUUCGUCGCGGCAGCAGCAGCAGCGGGGGGUCAGUUGGUGGUGGCGAGGGAGAAUGAAGUGGUGAUGAAGUGA